AUGGCGACCACCGCAUCCACCUCUCUCCCACGUAACUACUCCAUCCCUCCUCCUCCUCCCUCUUUCACCCGCGCCACGUCAUUUCCCAAAUCGUUCCCGCUCUAUACCCGCCCCAACCGCCGGUUCUCUCUCACUUACCGUUUAAACCAAAACUCGAAACAGAGGAGUGUAGGAAUCGUCAGAUGCGAGGCGACGGAGGUCUCUCCUCCUUCUUCUUCUUCUUCUUCUUCGUCCGUUGCUUCCCCGGGAAGAAACUGGGUGCCGGUGGUGCCGUUAUCCGCGCUUCCGAAAGGUGAACGGAGAGUGAUUAUCCAAGACGACGAGACGAUAUUGCUGCUUUGGUAUAAGAACGAUGUCUUCGCGAUUGAGAACCGUUCUCCCGCCGAAGGAGCCUACAGCGAGGGGCUUCUCAACGCUAAGCUCACUCAG